ACCAAUGGGGUUGUAAUGGUGGCCGCUGUUUACCUUCGGUUUUGAGGCUGUUUGUGGGAGCCGACAUGAAGCUGCUGCCCCCGGGGCCGCCCCUGGUGCCUCUGUUGUUCUUCCUGCUGGUCGUCCAGGGUAUGGAGCCGAGGGAAUGUGAAGUAUGCAUUGGAUUUCUGGAGAGAUUUUACAAGUAUUUGAAAGCACAAGAUUUGGACCUAACACCUGCAAUGAUAGUAAAUGAACUGAUGCUAAUGUGUGAACACACUAAAGGAAAGGAGCGCCGUCUGUGCUACUAUGUUGGUGCAACAAGUGAUGCUGCAACUAAAAUUGUGAAUGAAAUAGCUCGUCCUAUGAGUGCACAUGUACCCGUACUGAAGAUUUGUGAAAAGCUGAAAAUGAAAGACAUGCAAAUAUGUGAGCUGAAAUAUGAUAAGAAAUUUAAAUUGAAUAUAGCUGAACUAAGCAAAUUGCGAGUGGCAGAGCUGAAGAGGAUUCUCAAUUACUGGGGAGAGAAAUGCAUAGCAUGUGCAGAGAAGAUUGAGUUAAUCAAUUUAAUCUUGGAAUUAGCACAGAAAUAUGAUUAUGAUGAGCUAGAUGUAAAUUCUGAUCUAUAAAGAAUUACUUACACUUUUUAAAAAGAAAACCAGACUGCAUCCAUAAGUUAUUGAGCAUAUAUUUGGUAUGUGCCAUGCCUAUUGUAUACCAUAAAGAGAAAUUUACCACUUCAA